AUGGAAGGUGGAAGCGGGUUGGAGAUUUUCCGUAACGAAAAAUUUAAAUCCAACGACACAAUAGGAUACUAUACCGAAAAACGGUACCAUUUGGCCAAGUGGAAUCUAUUUCCGAAACUAUUCACUAGAUACUACAAUGAAGUGUUUCCAACGGCAGAAUUCUCACUUCAGACCGACCACAUCGAGUCCCUAAAUAUUUCAGAAAAUGUCCUGAACCUUAACGUGCAGGACCUGAACAAAAGGCAAAACUAUGAACCAAAAUAUGAUAUAACUAGGAUUAAACUCGGGAAUUUAUUCCCAAUUAAAAAUGACUGGUAUAAAAGUCCUGAAUCCUCAGGAACCGUUUCAUACAAGUUACUGAGACUGAACAUUCCAUACUUCGGAUUGUUGUCCUCUAAAAUAGAGAGCUAUAUUGUUAACUUUUUUCACGAGAGUCUGAUUUAUUACACUUGCAUGGGACUGUGCUCAUUUGAGCUAUGGAAUAAGUUGAGUUUGGAAAACUUAAGAAUCACAGAAGUGGACUGCUACCAUAAGCUUAACGAGGCUUUUAAAAACCAAUAUUCCAAAAAACUUGAUAAAAGUUUAAAACUCGAGCCUGUUAACGUACAAAAAGGGACCAAAAUUAUAAUUCCAAAGGAAAUUUCCCUGACAAGCAACGAUAUUGUGGCUUAUCCAGAGCCAGAUUCACUGGAACCAGAAUCACAAUCCACUCCAACAGAUCAGAAUGAAGUUGAAGAUGGAACUAAGCUAUCACUUGAUGAAGUUAAAUCUGACCUGGUUUCCGAUGAAACACCAGUUCAUCUACUCGAUAAUGAAACCGCCCCCAGUUUAGCAUCCGAUAGUGAUCACGUUGUACCAUUAUCGGAGACUAGAACCACUAGUUUGGAUGACAAAUUGAUGUUAGUUGAACAACUAGAUGAAUUAACCCCGACAAAUAUCGAGCUUGCCGGUCCCAUUCCUGUAGUAUCCUUCGACGAUUCUGAGUUUAAGGACGCAGUUGAAAAUUUUGAAGACUUGGAAGAUUAUGACCCUGAAGAUUAUGUUUCGAAAUCCAUAUCCAGUAGUCUUUCCCAGGUACUUAAGAUAUCCACUCCCUUAUUUCCAAAACAUUCCUCAAGUUCUGAUUCUAAUUUUGUAAAGAGUCUUAGCUGUGACCAAGCAACCCAGACUUCAGAUGCUACUGAAUCAAAGCCAGAUGAGUCAGUAGAUAAAACAGAUGAAUUGAGUAAAGAAAGUGAAGUGAUAUCUGUGGAACUACCACCUCCAAAGCCAAGCUUGGAGACUACCACUAAAAAGAUCAUUAGUACCUUGGAUGACACUUCUCACACUAAGGAAUCAGAUAAAAAACCUGAAACUCCAGAGGACACUUUAAUGUACGAUAUACCAAUCACCUUUACAGGGUAUUUAUAUAAACUAGGGCGAGGAUUCUCAUCGUGGUCUUGGAACAUGAGGUAUAUUAUCGUUUGCGGAUUUAACUUCUAUUACUUUGAUCGUAAAAAUGACACCAGACCCAAGGAUACUAUUAACUUAAAGAACUCUAGGAUUAGCUGGACUGGCACUCACAUGAGCAGGCCCUUCGUCUUUAGUGUGACAACUCAGGAUAAGAUUGUUUACUACUGGUCCGCUGAUGAGGAAGAGACUGUAAAGAGGUGGAUCCUACUUCUUCAGGUUCUAUGCGAAGAAUCUCCGCCAUAUAUUGUUAAGCAACUUGCUUAUGAGCUCACUUUCCACCAAAACAGCACUGAAGGCAUUACCAACUCCAUAGCCAAAUUGUAA